CAGGAUGCCAGAUUGGAGAAAGUUUUGGGGAUGGACGCGAGGUGUGCCAUCGACGAGUGACAACCCUGAACCGCGACGACACGAGGUUAGCACGAGGCUCUUCCGAAAGCUCAUCAGUCAAGAGAAGAGUAGUGCUCAGCCCAUCGCAAAAGGAGAGAGUCUCAAAGCAAAAGAUCUGUUCAAGUAAAACUUGAGCCCGGAGAGUGAGACCAAAGGAGGGGACGACGACCCAUCAACAUCUAGUAAAGAACCCCAUGACAACGACAGUGAACAGUUUAGCUACCUCCCAGACUUUCGCUUCAACGCCUCGAACUAUGGAAGAUAUUGAUCGAUGGACCUACCACACCGACCUUCAGACAUUCUCAAAAAGUCUUCAAAUUGCAGCAAACGCAGUGCUUCCCAAUGACAAGACAUCUAGGUAUGAGAAGGUGUCUGUGCUCAUGCUUAGCCGGGCCGAUGAAGAUCCUCUGCUCCCUGUAUCUUUGGAGGUCCAGAAAUUGGUAAACGUCAUCAAAGAUUGCUAUCAUUAUAACGUUGAGCAGUGGAAAAUUCCAGAUGAGAACUGUCACUUUGAGCUGGCUACGAAAGUGAUGAGGUUCGUUGAACCGAGGAAUGACAGCAAUUCUCAGCUGAAGAUUGUUUAUUAUGCAGGACAUGCGAGACUCCUGGAUACAAGAGCUUUGGCAUUGACGAGUCGGCGAAAGAAGAAUUCCAGAUGCCUCAUGGUCAAAUGGGGGGCAAUUCAAAGCUUUAUCGAAGAAUCACCUAACGAUGCCCUGAUCUUACUCGACUGUUGUGCUUCUGGCACGGCGAAUACCUCCAAGGGGAGCGGAGUCACUGAGAUCAUAACGGCUUGUGUCUGGAAUCAAACAGCAAAUGGGGUCGGGGAAUACUCUCUCACAAACGCGCUGGUUGUUGAAUUGCAACUCUUGAGCCCCCGCGCUCGUUUAGUGUGGGAAGCUGUACAAAAAUGUGUUUCUCCGAACGCAAAGCAGGCUGCCGACGAUGAGAACGGAAGAUGGUCGACAUUGGGAGAGACACCCUGCUCCUAUUCACCUGGUCUUAACACAAGAUACUAUGAGACCUAGGAGCAUUCAACUUUCAGUGCAGCCAUUGCCACCUUCCGCGGAUGUACGUCCCAUUCAAAUAGAAACUGAUGGCACGGAACCACUGCCACCCGAUUUGGUGUCGGGGAGUAUCCUGAAUACUGGCCUAGCUCAGGAAACCAGUAAACUCAAUUUCCGAUCCACGGAAGGGUUUCCCCGAUUAGCAUUUGCUGUGCGCUUAGGAGAGACGUUCCGACCCAGCGACGAUAUCAAACAUCUAUUCGCUUCAUGGCUUCGAGAUAUGCCAGCCAUCGCAGAAGAGGUGAAGACUGAAGCAGGGUUCGACAGCUUCUCUACCCUUUUAAUCGUAUCAAUACCAUUCGCUCUUUCCGCAUACAUCCCCUCCCACGCAGCUGUUUUAUCCCUUGGCCCAAUCUUAUCGGGGAACAAGAU